AUGCUCUCCAUGGUACACCUCACCCCCGAUAAGCAACGGCGCUUUGUCGCGGCCCUCGACGCACGCAUCCUCAUCCUCUUCGACAUGCCUUGGCACGAGCUCGAACCGCUCUUCGAAUUCCACGGUCCCCUCGAGCAGAGCCAGAUCCUAUUGGAUUUGCACGACACCAUGAGGGCCUUCGGCAUUGCGACCAUGUACGAUGUGCGCUGCAAGUGUACCGAGUGCAGCACGGAAACGCGUAUUCUAGGGUGGCGGGAGGAGGUGCACAAGGAGCUCGGGUAG